GUGUUUACUUCUCUCUUGAGUAAUGUGCUCUCAAUUAUUAACUGGGGGAACGAAGAGUCUCCAUCAGAUUAGUUCUGUGGAGCUCUUCCUCCGGUCAAAAUGCGUGACAGGCGUCCUGGAUCGGUUCUGCUGCUUUGGUUUCCUGCCGUGCUGCUCGUCUCGGCACAGACGGCAGAGCGGCCUUGUCAGCCUGUUGUGAAGGGUGUUUUUGUUAUUCCACCAGAAGACAAAUAUGAUCAUAACCAAACGGUCAGUUAUUCCUGUGAUAAUGGACUAAAACCAGCAGUGAAGGGUUGGUGGGCGCAGAUCACGUGUCUGAACGGCCAGUGGUCUCCUGAACCACAAUGUAUUGAUGAAAACAGCUGUGUUCAACCAGACAACGUCCCCAAUACAAUAUACAGUUCUAGCCCAACUGGAUGGUACGAGAAUGGAAAGAAGAUACAAGUAAGAUGUGACAAAGGCUAUGGAACCAAAAGCAAUCUAUUAACAGGCACUUGUAUAAACGGAACCUGGAGCUCAAUGCCCGUCUGUGAGAAACGUACAGACUCAUGCAGUGAACCUCCUCAACUCCCUCACGCUGUAAUAAUCAACCAGACACAGCAGGAGGUGUUUGCUGCAGAUUCAGAAGUGAUGUAUCAGUGUGAGGACGGCUACACCACAGAGCAGGGAGAAUCCAGGAAAUCUGUUUUUUGCAUAUCUGGAAACUGGACUAAAGGUCCAACCUGCAUAAAACCUGACUCUAGUCCUAUGACGAUGCCAGUCUCCCAUUGUGGAAAUUUACCACACAUUCCUCACAGUGCAGUUUUACCAGGCCGCAUUACUUUGACAUACAGCUGUGCUGGUAAUUAUAAACUAAUUGGUCCAAAAACUGUGGUGUGUUACAAUGAUGGCACAUGGUCAGAAACACCAACAUGUGAAGCUGAGGGACACUGUGUUCUGGAUCCUGCUCAGUAUAAUAGGGGAACAUUUAAUCGUGACUAUCAAGCUCAAAAUGUGCCAGAAGGAGAGACGAGAUACCUUUACUGUUACCGGGACAGCCACAUCAGGGGUGUAAGAUGCAGUAAUGGAAUAUUAACUGUAGCACGUUACUGUUGCUUGUCUCAGGACAGGGAUAAUGAAAACUGCUGGUGAAACCCAACAGAGGAGCAGCUGCUGCCUGGUUGUUAAACAGGCACCAACAUGGAAACAUGUGAAACGUCUUCAGCAGCAAAACGCCUCAAUCCAAACAUGACGACAGUAAACCUCUACUGUGCUCAGAACAUGUUCAAUUAUUAAAACACAUUAUAAAUAAAGUUUUCAUGGUUUAUUGCUGUGAACAUAUUG